GCCCUCUGCACCCGCGCCUGCGCAGACCGCACUGCCAGGCCCUGCCAGCCAUGGUGAACCUGGGCCUGUCCCGGGUGGACGACGCGGUAGCCGCCAAGCACCCGGGACUGGGCGAGUAUGCCGCCUGCCAGUCGAGAGCCUUCGUGAAAGGCAUUUUCACCUUUGUCACAGGCACCGGUGCGACCUUGGGCCUGCAGAUGUUCCUACAGAGGAAGUUUAAAUACCCCUUCCAAUGGAACGUGCUAGCGGCCGUGGUCGUAGGCUCCGUGGCCAGCUACUGGAUGACCCGCGUGGAGACGCAGAAAUGCAGUGACCUCUGGGUCUUCCUGGAGACCGGGAAGCUGCCCACAGACACGGGCCCAGAUCAGCACUCCUGGCAGAGCUCCAGCCAUGGUGCCCGAGACCUGGGCCCCGAGAGUUCCAGGACGCAGCCUGCAGCGCCUCCACACCCUGGGCCGGCCCUCCCCCCUCCUUGGUUCCUCGUCACGCCCGAGGUGCCCCAGCCACACCAGAACGGGCUGUUCCUGGGCUGGCUUCCUGCAGGGCGGCGAGAAGCACGGUGGGCACGAACCCAGACAGCGUCACGGCUGGCGCCAGGCUCAGCUCUGCGUGCGUGGGGCAGGACCGCCACCCUCCCCGGUGCACGGACGUGCCCUUUCCGGUCCCGCAUCCCCGCGGUCGGUGGUGACAGACACUGCUGGGCGUGUGGAACUAAUAAACGCCUCGCUCUCUUUGCUACCUGAGUUCAACAGCGAUUGGAAUG